AUGGAAAAUUAUUCAUUGUAUUUUCAAGGAUAUUGCUACAUUUGGUCUGAAUCUGAAGGGAGAAAAGGGUCUCAAGGAAUCUCUACUUGUCUAGACAAAUUUAUCAAUGAAGAGGUUCCAAGUGGAAUAGAGACUUUGAAUUUUUUCGUCGACAACUGUGCAGGUCACAAUAAAAAUUCAAUAGUGGUAGCGAUGUUAGGUAUCUCCUUUCAUGAACAUCCAACCCUUUAA